CAAUCUUUGCGUUUAUAUAUACCCUCUGGAUCCCCUUCCUAAUUUUCCACAGCGGGGACACAACAGAACACGCAUAUUUUCCCCUUCCUCGUCUUUGAUAUUCAUUUUCUGUUAUUAGCAAGCCAAGCAGGUUACCAAAAAAAUGGCCGAUCAGCUCACCGAUGACCAGAUCUCCGAGUUCAAGGAGGCCUUCAGCCUAUUCGACAAGGACGGCGAUGGCUGUAUCACUACCAAGGAGCUUGGGACCGUAAUGCGAUCACUGGGGCAGAACCCAACUGAAGCGGAGCUACAGGACAUGAUAAAUGAGGUUGAUGCUGAUGGGAAUGGUACCAUUGACUUCCCAGAGUUCCUUAACCUGAUGGCCCGUAAGAUGAAGGACACUGAUUCGGAGGAGGAGCUCAAGGAGGCUUUUCGGGUGUUUGACAAGGACCAGAAUGGCUUCAUUUCUGCAGCUGAGCUCCGCCAUGUUAUGACAAAUCUUGGUGAGAAGCUGACCGAUGAGGAAGUUGAUGAGAUGAUUCGGGAGGCUGAUGUGGAUGGAGAUGGACAGAUCAACUAUGAGGAGUUUGUCAAAGUCAUGAUGGCCAAGUGAGGAUUACUCCACAAAAACUAAAAUUUGGAAAGCAUAAAAACAUAAAAGGGAACGGGGCAGAUAAGUUUGAUGACAUUUCUAUUUCCCAUUAGGACAUCUUUUCACAUGGUAUUAGCUUUGGUUGGUUGGUUGUCUCUUCCUGUUAGCAUUAUUUGUGGCACUUUUGUUUAGUAUCUACUUGUUUGCUGUGUCUCUUGUUUAGUAGCUUGGGUUGUUAGUGUCUUUUUACUUUACAUUUGUUAUUUUUCUUUCUACAUUUGGUAUUAUGAACCUAGAACAAUUGGAUGAAUCUGAUGCUUUUGCUUAUGGUGACUAAUUUUGUUAA